UGAUUAGCGUAAACGAACGGCAGCCUCUUUCCUUCCCCGACCCGUUCCACUUCCAUCCCCAGCGAUUCCCAACCACGGCGAGUGAGCGCGCGCUCCAUGGACGCCCACUACCUCGUCCGCCGCCAUCUGCCACCGCCGCUCCAGCUUCCGCCCCUCUCGCCUCUAACCUCCAGUCGCUGCUGCCCCCGCCGCGUUGCCAUCGCCGUGGCCCGCUGCUGCUCCGCCGCUGCGGGAGACCACCACCAGGAGAGGCCGUGGGAGUCCUACAACCGCGACAUCCAGUCCCACGCCGGCUCCAACCUCGCCCGAUCCCUCGAACUCCUCGCCGAUAUGCAGGCGGCCGGGACGCGCCCCAGCGCCGCGGCUUAUGCGCGCCUCAUCCACGCGCUCGGCCGCGCCGGCCGCACGCUCGAGGCCGAGGCGCUCCUACUCGAGAUGCGCCGCCUCGGGCCCCGCCCGGACGCCGCGCACUACAACGCGCUCCUCGAGGGGCUGCUCGCCAGGGCACACCUCCGCCUCGCCGACCGCCUUCUCCUGCAGAUGGCGGACGACGGCGUCGCGCGGAACCGGCGCACCUACAUGCUACUGCUGGACGCGUACGCGCGCGCAGGACGCCUCGAGGACUCGUGGUGGGUUCUCGGCGAGAUGAGGCGCCGCGGGAUCCAGCUCGACACCGCCGGGUACAUCAUGCUGGUGCGGCUGUACCGAGACAAUGGCAUGUGGAAGAAGGCCACCGAUCUCAUCAUGGAGAUGCAGGAGCUCGGGGUCGAUCUUGAUGUUAAGAUUUACAACGGCUUGAUCGAUACGUUUGGCAAAUAUGGGCAGUUGGCGGACGCACGCAGGGUGUUCGAGAAAAUGUGCGCAGAAGGGAUCAAGCCGGAUAUUGCGACUUGGAACGCUUUGAUUCGAUGGCAUUGUCGAGUUGGGAACAUGAAACGUGCUCUGCGAUUCUUCACUGCAAUGCAGGAGGAAGGGAUGUACCCGGACCCGAAGAUCUUUGUUACGAUCAUUGGCCGGUUGGGGGAGCAGGGGAAAUGGGAUGAGAUCAAGAAGCUGUUUGAUGGCAUGAGGAAUCGAGGUUUCAAGGAGAGUGGUGCAGUGUACGCAGUAUUGGUUGACAUUUACGGGCAGUAUGGCCAUUUUCGUGAUGCACGUGAGUGUAUAGCUGCUCUUAAAGCUGAAAAUAUGCAGCUUUCACCUCGCGUCUUUUGUGUCCUGGCCAACGCUUAUGCCCAACAGGGUUUGUGUGAACAAACUGUAAUUGUACUUCAAUUAAUGGAGGAAGAAGGAAUUGAGCCAAAUCUUGUUAUGCUGAAUUUGUUAAUCAACGCUUUUGGUACUGCUGGAAGGCAUUUGGAGGCACUAGCUGUAGUCCAGCAUAUCAAGGAUAGUGGUAUGAGCCCAGAUGUUGUGACAUACACUACUCUUAUGAAAACGUUCAUGAGAGCAAAGAAAUUUGAAAAGGUAUCUGAAGUAUACAAGGAAAUGGAACGUGCUGGGUGCACUCCAGACAGAAAAGCCCGAGAAAUGUUACACGAUGCCUCUGUUAUACUGGAACAAAGAGGAUGGACAUCAUCUGCCUUAUUGCUUACACAUGCAUGGUGGCUAAAUCUUUUGAAAGCAAACACAAGAUAGAAAAUUCCAACACUAUCCAGAGGAUCCCUCACUGGUAUUUUCUCCAAUGCUGAGAAACGGUAUGCCUGCAAAAUUGGGACAAUCCCAGCAAUAACUCUGUAUUUGCAAGUCUCCUGAAUUUUAUGUUGGACCGAAGGGUGAAAAAGGUAUGGGGUUCCCUGAUGCUGGUAUGCACUUAGGCAAACAAUCAGGCAUUACUUACAUUCAAUUUACUGUUGCAACGUAGAAUAAAUUGGUAUGCUUUUGUCCUUGUACUUGAGUGCAGAUAUCAGUCGGGUUAUGGUCGAUGCAAGACUAUUGGGCAUAAAGAUAGAGGAAUCAGAAAGUGAAAUUAUAAAUCAUGAAUAAUGAGAAGGAUAUAGACUUCUGUGGGGAUGAAGAACAUUGUGGAAGUUCUUUACGUUGCUUUCUUUCCGAGUCGUAUUAGGUGUGCUGAUUAUUGACUUGUAUGUCACUGGAUUCAGCUAACUACAUGGUAGCUUAUGUAAUCAACCAUCAUGUGGUGGAAUAUAGACAACUAUAUUUUACACCAAUUAUGAUAUCGAUUUUUUUCCUUUGCUUUGCUUCA